CAUCGAUUAUCGUAACGUUAUAAAUACGCGGGGGCGAUGCUUCCGAAGUGGGUUGCCUCUCCCCGUUACCUCAUGGCUUCUCUCGGCUCCCUCCCCUCCCUCCUCCCCAAACCCCUCCCUUUCUCCUGCCCCAACCCGAACCCUCGCUUUCUCCCCAUCCGCGCCAAGUUCCGCACCAAGGCCGACGGGGAGAGAGGCAGCAAUUUGCCGUCGCCACCGCAAUCGGCGACGGAGAAGAAGUCCUUCGCCGUUGCCACGGGCGAAAUGUUCCUCGGCCUCGCCUCCUUGCUCCUCCGCAGCAGGAGCUCUUCCGCCCCUGUCUCAGCGCCGCCUGGCGGCCCGGAGGUGUUCCAGGAUGGGGAGGAGGCGUAUUUCUCAGGAAAAGAGGAGUCGAUUGCAUCGGUGGUGGAGGACCCGGUGGACCAGGAGGUGAUCUGGGAGCAGAGGUUGAAGGAUUUAGAGGCCGAGAAGGAGAGGAAGAAGGUGACGAGCCCUGGGUUCAGCUUCUCGGCCGCUGGCCUUCUCUUUCCCUACCAUCUUGGGGUUGCUCAGUUCCUUCUCGAGAAAGGCUACAUCAAGGAAACCACACCAUUAGCUGGCUCAUCAGCUGGUGCAAUAGUCUGUGCAGUAAUUGCUUCGGGAAAUAGCAUGCAAGAUGCCUUACAAGCAACCAAGAUUCUGGCUGAGGAUUGCCGGCGCAAUGGCACUGCAUUUCGGCUUGGGGCAGUACUUAGGGAUGUUCUUAGCAAUUUUCUGCCAGACGAUGUGCACAUUAAGUCAAGUGGAAGGGUUCGUGUCGCUAUCACUCAAUUAUUUUGGAGGCCAAGGGGGUUACUUGUGGAUCAAUUUGACUCUAAAGAAGACCUCAUUAAUGCAGUCUUCACCUCUUCCUUUAUUCCAGGCUAUCUGGCUCCCAGGCCUGCAACUAUAUUCCGCAACCGCUUGUGCAUUGAUGGUGGCCUGACAUUGUUUAUGCCACCAACGUCUGCUUCAGAAACGGUUCGUGUUUGUGCUUUCCCUGCCAAUACUCUGGGAUUGAAGGGGAUUGGAAUCAGCCCGGAUUGCAAUCCUGAGAAUAGAGCUACACCUCGACAGCUCUUCAGCUGGGCACUGGAACCUGCAGAAGACUAUAUCCUCGACAAACUCUAUGAGCUUGGUUAUCUGGAUGCAGCAGUCUGGGCUGAGCAGAAUCCUGUGGAGUCAGUUGUGAAAGACGAAGGCAGCACUAACGUUAGUCGAAGUGUGAAAGAUUUAGGCAGCUCUAAUAGUAGUCAAAUUAUGGAAGAUGAAGGUAGCACUAACAGUACAUAAUUAGCAUCAAUCAUAUGACCAAUCAUGAUGCAGGCCAUUGGAAACUCUUUUAUGAUAUCAUGGGGAAAUCCAGCUUAAAGAGAACCAGGUUAUCAGGCAGUGAGGCCGCGGAUAAUGUCCCACCCUGUCAUUUGCUCCUACCAAGUAAACAGAAGGACAACUUGUUCCAAAAGGGGGAAAAAGAAAAAGGAAAAAAUGCAAACAAGUUAGUAAGGUUUAGAAAUAUAUGCACCUAAUAUGGAGCAAUAGCCCUUUUAUGGGGGAAAGUAUUCUGGAACAAUUUAUAAUUUAUUUGGAUGGAGAAUCCGAAGUAAGGCUUUUAUAGGACAAGUAGCCAAAAUGAAAGGGCUUACACAUGAUGUCAAAAUUUGUCUUUUAAAGUUUUUUUUUUUUGCCCAAUUCAUACCAAUCAUAACUUGUAAACUUACAUUUGAAAUAUAAAUUAUUCAAUCGAUCUCAAAUUAAACUGUGGUAUGUGAAAA